CAUACCGCAUCGCGAUGUAACGGAGGUAGCUGGAGCGAGAAGACAGUGACCCGCUAACCGUGAUUGCUCGGGGGCGCGCUUAUAGCGGGAUGUCCCGCCAGCAGCGGCAAGGGUGCAGGACAAGCCUCGGCUCACGCUUCCUGCUGCUGGUCUCGUCCGCUUUCGCAGCACGGUGUGUCUACUACGUACACACACCGCCCGCUUGCUCAGCAUCACCCAUCCAGAAAGAAGGUGUGCUGGCAGCGGGCGGAGGGGGUCCCCCUCGGGCGAGUCUCGCCCCACACCAACUCGGAUGGCUGGCGGGCAGGCGGCGGCCUUUCUCCACUCUCCCUGGUCGCGGCAACCGAACCGCAUUCACGCGCGCUGCCUUCCUGCGAUUCCCGGCGCUCGGAUAUUAUUUUCACCGGUUGGUCCCACACCCGCCCCAAAAGAUCUGCUUGCGCGCGCGUGAGUGUUGUGUGUGUUAGGUUGGUCACUCAUUUUCGACCUUCGACCAUUGAUGCCCCGAUCAUUACUCUCGUUCGGCCUGCCAUCCGGCGCCCGCAUCUCGGUGUCAUCAUCACCCGUGGAAAGAGCAUUCACCUGGAUACGGUACCCUUCCACAUUUCGUCGGCAACUAGCAAGGUUUGCAAUAUCAUCUGUGAUCUCAGUGUUGGUGUGACUAUUCAUUUCAUUUAGGAGACGUAAGAACUGUCUGCAACAUCUUGACGCCGAGUGGUGUCAUUCCACACUCAUCGCUAACGUUGACUCUGCGAAAAUUGCGGCUAACCGCCGGGUGUGCCACGACGCUGUGAGUUCCUUGUAAUAAUCUCUGUUGUGUGUUGUUGAGCGGCGGCGUGAAAUUGCCGUGCGGAAUCUUCCGGAGGAAGUGGAGGGAUGAGAAGAGACUGAUCUUCGCCCUUUCGGAGACAGUGAUAGGUGACAUUGGAUGCAAGCAUCGAAAGUGAGGAUAAAAAUGGAAGUGCUUCAAAGGAAUGGAAUCUCGGCGAUCCUCCUCGGGGCACUGCUGGCCGUGCUCCACAGCGCCCAAGGCAUUCGCCCCAAGGACAACCCAGUGGUGUUCACCAGAUCGGGCUACGUGAUGGGCCGGACCAACGUGUUCUUCAACAAGCCCAUCGACACCUUCCUGGGCAUUCCGUUCGCCGAGCCGCCACUGCGGGAACUCCGUUUUCGCGAGCCGAUGCCGGUAAAGCAGUGGGAAGGAAUCUACAAUGCGGUACAGAUGCCCUUUCCUUGCCUUCAGUAUGACACUUUUGUCACCAAGAAUAUCACCAUCGACGCCUCCAACAGCACCGAAGACUGCCUCUACCUGAACGUGUGGACUCCCGCGUUACACUGCAACACCAUCGAAAACUGCGGCGCCAAGAGCGUCAUCGUGUUCUUCCACGGUGGUGGCUUCGACACUGGAGGCAACAGCUACUUCUUCUACGACGGGACGCAGCUGGCAGCCCUGGGCGACGUCGUGGUCGUGGUUCCCAACUACCGCCUUGGGGUCUUCGGCUUUCUGAGCGCGGACCACCCCGACGCGCCCGGAAACAUGGGGCUCCUGGACCAGCUGGCGGCACUCACGUGGGUCCGGGACAACAUCGUCCACUUCGGCGGUCGUCCCGAGUCGGUGACCCUGAUGGGCCAGAGCGCCGGCGCCAUGUCGGUCGGCUUCCACAUGCUGUCACCGCUCAGUCGGGGUCUCUUCAAGCGGGCGAUCUUGCAGAGCGGUAGCCCGUACCUUCUGCAGCCAGAGAGUCUCAAAGCGGGCGUCGAGCGAGUCCAGCAGCUCGCAGAGGCCGUGGGCUGCGCCGACGAGAACGUGACGCUGUCCGAUCACCGGCACCACGUGCUCGAGUGUCUGCGAUGGGCCAACGCUUCGACCCUGAUGGCGGCCAACAGGGAGCUGAACGUGUUGAAUCCGGCCAGUUACUUCCCUUCCUACGGAGACAACUUCCUGCCGGACGAUCCCCGCACGCUUAUCGAACGUGGCCAGAUUGCGGACGUUGACGUCAUCAUCGGAACCAACAGGAACGAGGGCAGCCCAUUUGUCAACUACUUCAUGGUCAAGGUUUUGCGCCAAGAGGACCCGAGACUCCUGACUCGUGACGAAGUGGGCUUCUACCUUAUCCUGCUCUUUCAACACGUGUUGGGCGAGAGUCCGCGCGAAGUGACGUCGCACUAUUUGCGUGACGUCAGACCGGAAGACGGUCGCGGAGCGCUGGCGGCCGCUGGUGACGCCAUCGGAGACUUCCUGUUCCAAUGCCCGGUCAACUACUUCGCCGAGAACCUGGCGGCCAGGAACCGCACGGUGUACAUGUACUACUUCGACCACCGACCCUCGUACAGCUGGUGGAGCGACUGGCUGGGCGUCGCCCACUUCGACGAGUUCUUCUUCGUGUUCGGCACGCUGUUCCGAGACAUGCGAAUGUCCACCAUGGAGGAACUCGAGUUCAGCUCCAAGCUCAUCCAGAUAUGGUCCACGUUCGCCAGGAAAGGGAAAGUCCCCAAGAUCCGCGGUAACCGGUGGCCCAAGUUCACGGCCGAGUGGCCCCUCCUGCUCAAUUUGAGCCCGAAGAACUUCACCGUUGGCUGGGAACCGCACGCCGAGAACUGUCGUGCGUGGGAACGCUACCUCAAGGUGACACCGGACAACGCGGUAGCCAGUUGACCGACGACGUAGUCACUGCCGUGAACGAACUUCGAGUGUGCAGGGACAAUUCCCGGACAUUUGUGGCGAACUGCGUAUACGCAGAGCGCGCCUGUUCCGAGUGGUUUGUGUGGUUCCGCUCACUCAUUCAGAGCACCACGAGCCUCCGAAACGUCGCCAAUCGCCCGAGCCUAGUUUACCAGGUCGACCCCGUCUCCACGUUUAGGGCGUGCUCGACGUUUGUCGAGGGCCCGUAAACUAAGGGCUGUAAACUGCGAUUUCACCGACUUCCGAUGGAAGCCACAAACUAUUCAAUACUCGCGCAGGAAUGCAUUGCAUUCCUGCAACUAAAGCUAACGCUGACCGCGACACCUCAGUGGAGCUGUAGGCAUAAUUUUCGCGAGUGAUGGGCCAAACAACGGUCACUCUCAAUGACAUCGUCGAAAGUGAAUUAGUGAGAAUGUGUCGUUAACUAUUAGAAAUUGGAGAAAGGAAGAACAGUGCGUGUUGAAAAUUCUACGGUUUUCAGUGGUGCUAUGCAGGACUCAUUACCUCAAAAGGCGCUGGUGUAGCUUAUGAACGAACUGCGAUGUCUCUCUCCGAGUGUCUCAGAAGACUAGCGCACAGGCACGUGCACAUGUCUUCAAAGCGUCUUUAGUUUGCGAUGUUAGACACACCUUUGAGUUCUUCAAAGUAGUUUUCCUUAUGGUGUUCAUGCAAGUUGUUUAUUUUGUCCUUCUUGCCCGUUAAGCAAUAUGUCGCAGUGAAAUAAAAUUCCGUUAUUUGUUGGAAA